AUGACAACUGGUUCUGUAUGCGACACCGAACGCUCUGGAAGAUAUUCAAGCUCUCGUUCACCAGAAAUUGUUGAUAUCGUUCGAGAAAUGUUUACUCAAAGUUCAGAGACUUCCAUUAGAAAGGCCUCGUUAGACACUGGUUUGACAUAUUACACAAUUCACUCUGUUCUUAAAAAAGAACUGAAUUAUCGUGCAUGGAAACCUCACUUAGUACAACAAAUUUUUCCAGAAGACUGUGAUAUUCGUAUGGAAUUCAGUGAAAUUAUGUUCGGCUGGAAAGACGACUGGCCCGAACUGUUUGACAACAUAUUGUGGUCUGAUGAGGCUAUUUUUCAUGUCGGAGGGUUUGUUAAUCGACACAACUGUCAUUAUUGGGGUGAUAAAGAUCCAGGUAUGAAGAUUGAGAAGAUGCAAUCACAACCGAAAAUCGUGGUAUGGUGUGGAUUUACCUCUACCAAAUUUAUUGGUCCAUAUGUGUUACAUGACACCAUGAAUGGUGAACGUUAUCUGAAGAUGCUAAAAAACUUGGUGUGGCCUGUAAUUAGUCAAUGGAGCAAUAUUGAUGAACUAAUAUUUAUGCAUGACGGUGCACCGCCUCACUAUGCUCGCACAGUUCGGAAUUGGCUAGACAAUAAUUUUCCUUUAAAAUGGAUAGAUCGAAGAGGACCAACAUCGUGGCCUCCAAGAAGUCCCGAUCUCACUCCGUGUGACUUCUUCCUUUGGGGCUGGGCAAAAAAUGAAGUGUAUAAAACCAAUCCAAAAACUUUAACAGCAUUGGAAGAACGAAUUCAUACUGUCCUCAACAACGUUCCUCAACAGUUUCUGAAGAAUUCAACGAACAACGUUCAAGUUCGAUUACAAAAAAGUAUCGACAACAAAUGA